CUAUCGAAACAUCAAAACAAACUUUUAACUAAGCAGUCUCACGGAACUAAUUUUAUUUUAGAAUUGUAAUGUUGGACUUGAUCCAAUUAUGAUUUUAUUAAUUCCGCGUAUCUGUGCAAAGUUCUCUUCUAAUGUGUAUUUUGCAAACACCCAAUUGGUAAUUAUUAUAAAGAUCCUGCCCACAUGAUCCAAGAUGCCAGAUAACAUGACAGUCGUUUCUGAAAUAUAUGAUGAACACAAUUAUAGGACUGAUUUAAAACCUAAAAAACAAGGAAAUGUUAUAUCACAAUUUCCAUUUUUAGUACCAAAAGGUAAAAACAUAGUUAGUUUUGAUAGUGACAAUGACCUAGAUUUGGACAGGCCAAACAAAGAAGUAAUUAAAAUCGAACACAGUUUAAACACAAAGCUCUCAUUAGUGGGCCUGCAGGUGUGGAGAGGAGCAUUUCUUUUGGGAGAUUUGCUGAUACAUCUCGGUGUCAAUGGAGAGCUAGAUGGAAAGACAGUUUUAGAGCUUGGUGCGGGCACUGGCUUAACCAGUUUUGUUGCCUCUAUUUAUGCUAAGAAAGUAGUUUGCACUGAUAUUGACCUUGGCGGAAUUUUGGAUCUGAUUAAACUGAACGCUAAAUACAAUGAUAAAUUAAUUAAAUCGCAAUUUAAAGUUGUAGCACUAGAUUUUAUGGACACAAAUUGGAAUUCAGUAUUACAGAGGGAAGUACAACAGGCAGACAUAAUUGUAGCUGCAGAUGUGAUUUACGACGACGACGUAACUACAGCGUUCAUGACAACUGUACAUAAAAUUCUCACAACAAAUCCGCCAAAAACAUUGUACAUAGUGUUAGAAAAACGCUACGUGUUCACAUUAGAGCACAUGGACUCGGUAGCUCCAUGUUAUGAGACAUUCCUUAACUUACUCGAAAAAUUUAAACUGGAGAAAAUGUGGGUAGUUGAAGAAUUGUCACCGGACUUCCCGCAGUAUUUCCAGUAUGAAAGAGUUAGUCAAUUAGUUUUAUGGAAGAUCAGUGCUUCCAAGUGAAUUGGUACAAAUAUAUUUGAUAUUGUUUGGA